AUGUUAAAUAAUGAAUUAAAUGAAUUAGUUCAGAAAGCAUAUAAACACAAUUUAUUGAGUAAGAUAAUUUAAAUAUUCUUCAAGCACCUCUGUUAACUAAGUUUAAGAUAAAAAAUUAAAAGAUAAAUGGAUCUGUUAAAAUAGAUUAAAGUAAGAAAUAAUCAAGAAAAGCAACAACAACAAUAAAACACGGAUAAAAAUAAAAAAUAAGUGAAGAAUAUACAGGAAGGAGCAGUUCUAAAUUAUCUAGUUCAAUAUUAUUGAGAUAAGAAAAAAGAAAUACAUAAUCUCCUUAGAAACUGAUGAGAAUUUUAUCUGUUUCUCAAGAAGUGCCUUAAUAAUUAGCAGAUGUUUUGGGAGAGAUUAGUAGAAUAGAAUUAGAAACAGAUACAAAAUUAAGAUGUAAAACAAUAUAGAUAAGAAAUAUAAGGAUUACAAAAUAAUAAUUAGUAAAAUAUCUAUAAAGACAUUAUCCUGAUAUAAUAUGUGAACAAAUUGCAAAAGUAUUAAAAAUACCUCAAAUUCUGAGUUUUAAUUAAUUCUAACAAUGGAUAUAAAAAAUAGAAAAUUUAGAUUUAAAAUAAUAAAUCAGGUUAUGCUUUCUUGUGUAUGAUAUAAAUAAUUAAGCAGAAAUAACAACUCAUAAUUUAGUUGAAUUAUUAAAACACAGUAGUAAUCCAAUAAUUGAAUUAGAUAUUUUACACAUGAUUAAAUAAUCAAAGGUUUAGAUAUAAAAUUAAAUAAAUAACGAUAUUAAACAGAUGAAUUCAUUUUCAUUACCAUUGAGUAUUUUGAGAGUCAAAUUAGAUUAGAGUGAGAUACUCUAAUAAAGAAGACUAUCAAUAAUUUCAAAUGAUGUUAGAGGAAGAUUAUUUGGAAAAGUUAGUUAAAGAAAUUCUUUCGAUUUAAAUGUUGAUUUAGAUUAGGAUUAUUCAAUUAAUUAAUAAAAGAAUACUCCUAAAAAGAAAAAAGUUAUGUUAAUUACUCAAAUUAAUAAAACAGAACAUGAUUUUAAAUUUUAAGAUAUUAUAUAAUAUAAAUCGGAAAGAAAGAAAAAGAAAAGUAAAAUAAUGAAAGAUGAAAAUAAAAUUAGUAUAGAUUUGAAUAGAUUUCUUAAUAUUUGGUUUCCUCAAAAACCUAAUUUGUUUAAUGAUUUAAUUAAAAUUUUAACUGCUAAACCAUGA